GGGAAACAUUGUUUGUUGUGGAACAUCAUGAGUGACAGAAAGGUGACCACAGAAUAGUCAGCUGUAUCAGGACCACGAAGGCCACUCGAAACAAACUGUUUUAAAACGUCGCCCAGAAUCGAAAAUAAGUGCAGGACAUCUGUAGCUGCAUGGCAAGUGGCGUGUGUGCUGCAGCUGUAUCGAAUCCCGAAAUACCAGAGCAAUCAAACUGUGGCGGCAGUCAGUUACGCAUGUGCAUUUGCCGUGAAAGAAAGGGCAAAAUUCAUUGUCACUCAACUGGCUGAUGGCAAGAGAACAAAGGAGUAAUACUUUCCUGCAUUGCUGAAGACCAUUAAGAGAGUAUAGUAUAAAAUCUGUUUGAAGUGCCACUGAAUUGUAUAGAACAUGGCUGUUCCAUCGGAAGCUUCGUGCUGCUCAGUUCCGAGACGAAUGAUUUUUCACGUCUUGGAUGCAGUGUUUCUAAUCACGAUACUGAUUCUUCAAGGAACGAUUCUCAAUUAUUACAUUAUUAAGCACUCGAAGCAUCAUGUCACACCAUACUUUUGGUUCAUUGCAGAUAUUGCUAGUCUUUUUAUUUUUGCUGGAACAUUAACUGUUUCUUACCAGUACCUGACAAAAGUGAAAAGUGAUUUUGAUACAGAUACUUUUUUCCUGUCGCCAAAACGUAUAUUACACCGUAAGUUUCCCACAUCUAAACUUGGCAUCAUGCCUUUAAGUUAUGUUUCGUGGAUAAUUUAUAGCACAUUUCAUUUCAGUAAAGUAGCAGUAAUAUUCAAGUCAGGUAUACCUGAUCAUCUGAAAGCAGAUGACUUCUUGGGCAACCAAGCAUUACAGAUAACAAUUGCAUUAUCAGGAAUAAUCUUCAUUUUACUUGCUGAAGGGCAUAAUUGGUCCACUCGCCAGUCUCCUCGUUAUCUUUAUGUCACUUCUGUUGGGUGGAAAACAGGUAUCGAGAUACUGGACACAGUUAAUCUGUUGGCACUGCUGUUGGUAAACGAAACUAAAAUGAUACUGACUUACACAUUAGAAAACUCAGUUCUUAUAGUGUGUUCAUUUAAUUUCUUUUUACCUGCUCUUGCUCUCUACAAAUUAAGCUUGUCUGAUAUGAAUCACGUACGUUUGUUCUUGCCACUUAAUGUUUUGUAUAAUGUUUUGCAUCUUUGCCUAAUUGAUAUACCAUUCUUAGCUAUACGGAUUUACAUAUGGGUUAAUUAUAAUAAGAAUGCUUCCAUAUUUCUUAUGAAAAAUGUUUUUGGCAUUAUAAUGGUUCUUCGGAGUGCAUAUCCUGACCUUCAUGAACUGUUUCAACGAAGAUAUGCCAGUAAGUUAUCUUCCAAUCAGGGACACAACAGAGCAACAAAAGAGGACAUUUCGUUGCACGUUCUUAAUGCUGAUGGUAAUAACUUGCUACAUGAGGUGCAAAGUAGAUGA